GAUUUAAAAGCCGCCGGCUGGCGCGCGUUGGGAGGAGGCGGGGGGGACGAGCUCGCACGCGCCGGCCCCGGGUGACAGCCGCACGCCUCGGCCAGGCCUGUCAUGGAGCCAGGACUCUGUUUUUCUAAAAGUGCUCAGAAAAAUGGAGCUUGAGUCAGCAGGAUGAGUCUGAAGAGGAAAAUACAGCUGUGGAUGAAUGUACAGCUGUGGACAUCCAGGCCCCAAUUAGAGACCUGAGUGAUGAGCCAUGUCUGCACCGAGGCACCCCAUGGCAGUGGGCGUCUAGCAUGGGCUGAGAAGCCGCACCUGCACGGAAGGCUGGCAGAAAUGGGCUCCUGGCUGAGUCCUAGGCAGUUGGUGGCAGCAAGGAGGAGAGGCCCGGGCAUCUGGAGCAGGGCUGAGACGGAGCAGUUCUGGAGUGUGUGAACAGGCGGAGCCCAACCUGCCUGGUCCACCAUGGCCCAGAGGCUGUGGGUGAGCCGUCUGCUGCGGCAUCGGAAAGCCCAGCUCCUGCUGGUCAACCUGCUGACCUUCGGCCUGGAGGUGUGCCUGGCCGCAGGUAUCACCUACGUGCCGCCCUUGCUGCUGGAAGUGGGGGUAGAGGAGAAGUUCAUGACCAUGGUGCUGGGCAUUGGGCCAGUGCUGGGCCUCAUCUCGGUCCCACUCCUAGGCUCAGCCAGUGACCACUGGCGCGGGCGCUAUGGUCGCCGGAGGCCCUUCAUCUGGGCCCUGUCCCUAGGCGUCCUCCUGAGCCUCUUCCUCAUCCCGAGGGCCAGCUGGCUGGCUGGGCUGCUGUGCCCGGAUACCAGGCCCCUGGAGCUGGCACUGCUGAUCCUGGGUGUGGGGCUGCUGGACUUCUGCGGCCAGGUGUGCUUCACUCCACUGGAGGCCCUGCUGUCCGACCUCUUCCGGGACCCAGACCACUGUCGCCAGGCCUUCUCCGUCUACGCCUUCAUGAUCAGCCUUGGGGGCUGCCUGGGCUACCUCCUGCCUGCAAUCGACUGGGACGCCAGUGCCCUGGCCCCCUACCUGGGCACCCAGGAGGAGUGCCUCUUUGGCUUGCUCGCUCUCAUCUUCCUCACUUGUGUGGUGGCCACGCUGUUUGUGGCCGAGGAGGCGGCGCUGGGUCCGGCUGAGCCAGCGGAAGGGCUGUUGGUCCCCUCCGUGCCGCCGCGCUGCUGCCCAUGCCACACCCGCCUGGCCUUCCGGAACCUGGGCGCCCUGUUUCCCCGGCUGCACCAGCUCUGCUGCCGUGUGCCUCGCACCCUGCGCAGACUCUUUGUGGCCGAACUGUGCAGCUGGAUGGCAUUCAUGACCUUCACGCUGUUUUACACGGACUUCGUGGGCGAGGGGCUGUACCAGGGUGUGCCCCGGGCUGAGCCAGGCACUGAGGCACGGAGACACUACGAUGAAGGGGUCCGGAUGGGCAGCCUGGGGCUGUUCCUGCAGUGUGCCAUUUCCCUGCUCUUCUCUCUGGUCAUGGACCGGCUGGUGCAGCGAUUCGGCACCCGGGCAGUCUAUUUGGCCAGCGUGGUGGCCUUCCCUGUUGCUGCCGGCACCAUGUGCCUGUCCCGCAGUGUGGCCGUGGUGACUGCCUCGGCUGCCCUCACCGGGUUCACCUUCUCCGCCCUGCAGAUCCUGCCCUACACACUAGCCUCCCUCUACCACCGCGAGAAGCAGGUUUUCCUGCCCAAGUACCGAGGAGACGCUGGAAGCAGUGCCAGUGAGGACAGCCUGAAGACCAGCUUCCCACCGGGCCCCAAGGCCGGAUCUCCCUUCCCCAACGGACACAUGGGUGCCGGAGGCGGCGGCCUCCUCCCGUCUCCACCCGUGCUCUGUGGGGCCUCUGCCUGCGAUGUCUCCAUGCGGGUGGUGGUCGGCGAGCAGCCCGAGGCCAGGGUCCUUCCGGGCCGGGGCAUCUGCCUGGACCUUGCCAUCCUGGACAGUGCCUUCCUGCUGUCCCAGGUGGCCCCGUCCCUGUUCAUGGGCUCCAUUGUUCAGCUCAGCCAGUCUGUCACUGCCUACAUGGUGUCGGCUGCAGGCCUUGGUUUGGUGGCCAUUUAUUUUGCUACACAGGUAGUAUUUGAUAAGAGCGACUUGGCCAAAUACUCGGUGUAGAGUACUUCUGACCCACUGAGGGGGGGCCUGCCUCACUGGGUCCCAGCCCUGCCUGGCCCCCCCCCCCCCCCCAGCUCUACAUCCUGUUAGCCUCCUGGGGCCAGGGUGGGGCGGGCCCUCUGGUUUCUGUUGCCGCCAAAGGGGUGUGGCUCUCUGCUGCCGCCCUGUGGCAGUGAGGUGCGUAGCCGCACAGGUAGGGGACCUGGGGCUUCUCUCUCUCCCUCCCUCCCCGGUCUUCGGGCCUGGCUGACUAUUGGUCCAAACAGGCUUCAGUCUGGACUUCUACAGGGAGGCCAGAAGAGCAGGGCAUUUCAUUAGCUCCAUGCACUGGACUGCAGGACUCUGCGGGGGGAUUACCAAGGUAGGGUUAACAGGCAGUGUCCUGGUCAAGACAUGCCCAGAGGAGGGAUCUGGGGAGCUGAGUAAACUCAACCACCUGGUCUCUCACCUCCAAGCCCCCUUAUCCCAUAGAUUCCCUCGAUGUUGCUCUUGCAUGGGAGUUUCUAGUGUGAAACUCUCCUCCACAGGAUUUGAAAAUAUGGAAGUUAUUUGUGGGGAAGAAUCAGACAGGGGGGAAGCUGCCUGCCCCAAAGCACUGCCUUUCUACUAUUUCCCCACAACUACAUUUUAUCGGGACAUGGCUUGUUGGCCCCUGUGUUGACAUCAGAGGGACACAGGCCUUUAAAUAUUUAACUUAUUUAUUUAACUAUGUAGAGGGGAAUCAGUUCCCAGCUCUGCCAUCUUGGUGUCUAAGGGGUGAGAUCUCCAGUGGGCCUAUGAGAUGGUUGGUUUAUCGGGCUGAGCAUUGCCAGAAUGUUCUCCUGGGUGAUUGGUCUGGCCCCAUACUGCCUAACCCAGGAGCUUGGAAGCUCUACUCACCCAGCUGAUAUCCCAAAUCAUGUUUCCCAAGGCUGGGGGAGCUGGGGGUACGUGGAGGGUGGGGCUCCGGGUCUCAGCAGCCUCCUUAGCCUCUCUCUUGGCCCAGCCUGUGCCCCACUCCUGACUCCUCUCUGCUUUCUCUAGGGCUGGGCUGAUGAAGGAGCUGCCCACCCCCUACCCUUCCCCACUGGCUCCACAGUCCUCUCCUUGGGGCUGUUGCAGGACCAGAAGCACAGAGUGUGGCUCCCCGAGCCUGUAUCCGUCUCAGCCCCCAGGGCGUAUCUGUGCUUGGGGAAUCUCGCACAGAAACUCAGGAGUACCCCCUGCCUGGGCUAAGGAGGUCUUAUCUCUGGGGGGGUUUAAGUGCCGUUUGCAAUAAUGUUAUGUCUUAUUUAUUUAGUGGAGUAAAUAUUUUAUACUGUAUGUGAGCAAUCAGAGUCUAAUGUUUAUGGUGAUGAAAUUAAAGGCUUCUUAUAUGUUUAA